UAACUUCGACUACUCCUACCCCUGCUUUUGCUGCGACUCCAACUACCACUACCACUACUACUACUACGACGUAUAACUUCCAAUCUCAUCGUGCCUGCUACUUCCCCAGUUCUGCCUCCCAAAUUCCUUUCCCCCUUCCAAAACCCCAAGGGGAAAUCCUAACCGGCAAACAGAAACCGUCUCCGUCUCCACUUUUCCCAUUCCUCCGCCGAUAAGCCGUAUACUUCCGUGGCUCUGCCCCCGGGGUCUGCGCAACAAUGCCACUUCGCGACAAGCUCCAACGUCAUAAGGAGUCCCAAUCCCUCACCACCAACACCUACACCACCUCUACAGACCAGGAUGGCUCCACCACAGCUGCUGGAGGGAUGGCACCCACGACGCCCGUGAGCAGCCACAAUCCCACCGUCCCGCAAUUCACCUUCAUCCGCACCGACACCACCACCCAAGAAGUGAUCCGCCCGCCCGUCUUCGAGGGGGACGCCCCGGACCCUGCACCACCACCAACAGAAUCACUCUCUCCGCCGUCCUCGCACCACCGCAAAUCCCUCAACCCCUUCCGUCGGUCGCGAGCGCCCUCACAAUCCUCAGGCGUGACGUCCCCGCCGCGAGCCCGGGGCGAAGGCCGGCUGUCGCAUCUGCUGCAUCUGGACCGCAGCGGUGGUGGAGGUGGUGGUGGUGGUGGUAGCGGUGGCGGCGGGUGGUCACGGAGUUCGAGCUCCUCGUCCGUGAACAUCCCACCCGACCUUCCGCGGAUUAUCACCAGUGGUGGUGGGAAGGGGGGCGAUACCGCUGCGGCGCGGGAGGAUGUGGAGGCCGAGUGGGAGCGGCGGGCGACGGUGCUGGUGCAACGGAAUCCGCAGUUCGCGGCGUGUCUGUCGCCGACGGGGUCCACGGCGCCCACGGGGUUUGGGAUGGACGGGGCGGUGGCGUCGCGGUCGCGGAGUUCGAGUUGCAGUCGGAUUAAUGAUCCGGAUGGGGAUGUUAAUAUCCAGGCGGCGAUUCGGCUUCAUGAGGCUGGAGAUCUGGAACGAUCCACCGAGAUGUUUGGUCGCUUAGCCGAUCCCGAAGGGGCCAACAAUGCGCUCAGCCAAGUGCUCUAUGGGCUUGCACUUCGACAUGGCUGGGGAUGCGCGCCAGACCAGGACAAGGCGAUCACGUAUCUUUCGGCCGCGGCGGCCAAUUCGGCCUCGGUCGAGUCCGAGGCGCUCCAGGCCGGCAUCAAGAAAGGGGGCGCGGCCAAGGGCGAGCUGACGCUGGCGAUCUUCGAGCUGGCCAACUGCUUCCGGAAUGGUUGGGGCGUCAAGAAGGACCCUGUCGCGGCACGACAGUACUACGAGACGGCCGCCAACCUCGGCGAUACGGACGCGAUGAACGAGGUUGCUUGGUGCUACCUGGAAGGGUUCGGAGGGAAGAAGGACAAAUUCGCGGCCGCCAGAUACUAUCGAUUGGCAGAGGAGAAAGGGAGCAAGAUCAUGGGCAAUUCUUGGAUCUGGAAGGACAAGUACAGCCCGCAUUGAAUGUGUCGUUGAUGGUAAAUUUGGACCGAUGACGACGGUCUGGCCCCCGUCCACGAUCCGGCUCUAGGUUUGGUGGAGCUGAGCUGAGCUGAGCCGAACAUGAAUGAACAAUUGAUACCCCAGCAACAAGGCUGAGACUGAGACCGUCUCUCUCGGUAGCAGGCGUUAAGACCGUGCCGUCCCAUGCCGCCUCACAUGUUGACGUUGGGGACACAGACCUUGCAGAUAGAAAGACCUAGACUUGGCGGUUAUGGCCUCUUCACGUCAUCUUCUCCUCGGGACUCACUACUAGACUACUGUUACUGCUGUAAUCACACAAUUAGCCAGUCUAGAACAGUAGAUAAUGAAUCCAGUCAUCCAAUUUAAC